AUAAACCCCCAGCUUUCUCUUUAUUCACAAAUCACACCCAUGUAAACUUUUCUAUUUCACCUCACCCAAAUCUCACUCCAAAUCAACUUUCUUCUUACACAUAUAUAUCACCAUUUCAAGAACACACACACACACACACACACCCUUCAAAUCCCCUUCUGUUUUCGUGUCUUCUAAACCCAAGUACACACAAUACUGUGUGAAAACUGAAAAAAAAUAUAAAUAUAUAGUACUGCUGAGAAGUGGUGGAAAGAAAAUAAAAUGGCAACUUCAGGGCCAUCAUUUCUGAGACAGUUGAGUGAGAAAGAAGGCUGGAAAUCAACAUCAAAGAGAUGGGGAGGAAACAACAAUAACAGGAGGUACAAUGUAGGAGAUGGUCAAGAAGGACAGUACUGGAAACAACAAAUGGAAGGCCUUAGUAGUCAAAACAACAUGGUAUAUGGUAAUGAAAAUGGAGGGCUGGUGAUGAAGAAGAGAGUGAUGGUGGUUGUGGAUCAAUCUUCACAUUCUAAACAUGCUAUGAUGUGGGCACUUACUCAUGUUGCUAACAAAGGUGAUAGUCUCACUUUGCUUCACAUUGUUCCUGCUCAUUCUUCUCAGCCUUCCUCUGAUUCACCUUGCCUUGCUUCAUCUCUUGCUUCACUCUGCAAAGCUUGCAAACCAGAGGUGGAAGUGGAAGCCCUAUGGAUUCAGGGACCAAAGCUGUCUACAGUGAUGAGCCAAGUAAAAAAGUUGGAGGUGUCUGUUCUUGUCCUGGGUCAAAAGAAGCCCUCAUCACUCUUCACUUGCUUGUGGGGAAGAAGCAGCACAGAGAAGUUUGUGGAAGAAUGCAUAAACAAUGUGGAGUGUUUAACAAUAGGAGUCAGGAAGCAAGGGCAGGGCAUUGGUGGUUACUUGAUCAGUACCAGAUGGCAGAAAGAUUUCUGGCUCUUGGCUUAAGCCUCAGCUCACCACUACUAGCAAUGCUUCUUCAACUCACUCACCAGCACUGCUCCAGCAGUGGUGGAAUUAAUUUCAUGGUAGUAAAUGAGAUUGUAAUAAUGUCAAGGUCUUUGGUCAGUAGUUUUAAUGGUCUUAAUAUUAAGUAGUGUCUGUAGCCUCCCAGUUAGAAAUUAGUAAUGCUCCAGUCUGUAAUCAUACCCCUCUUAUAACUUCUACUACUAUAAGUAGAUCUGGCAAUGAAUCUACUAAUGAAUAUCAAUAAACAUAUCAUUAUGGA